UAUUAUGUCACGUAAAAGUACUAACCAAUUGGACGUGGAUUGAUUUCUAGGCCCUAAUCACCCAACAUCACAAUUAAGUCCGCUCAGUUAGCAUUCUGGGUCCUGGACGGGAAUCACGGGAUCGGUUUCCUGGUUGUGAAUUUGUGAUCACUGAUCAGGUGUCUGACCAUUUAUCUGGAUGAAGAGAAUCAUAACGCAAUUCUCCCAAAUCCCAUCCAAGCUAUGUGAUCUGUGAUCUCAUAAAACGCUGUCGCAGUCAACUAUCGGUGAAGUGACUGGAGCCCACUGCUCGUAAGGCUACCAUGGAAGCUAGGCAGUCUACCAGGUUUCAUUCGUAGUUUGCUGGUUGCGGUCUCCUACGGGAUUGCUUCAAUGGCUAUGGUGUUCAUAAACAAAGCCGUGCUUAUGCAAUAUUCUCAGUCAAUGACACUGCUCACUUUGCAGCAAUUAGCAUCAACCUUGUUGAUUCACUUCAGUAGGGUACUGGGAUACACUAAAGCCAAAGGAUUCAACUUAGAUACUGCAAAGAAACUUUUCCUAGUUUCCUUGUUCUAUAAUGCAAAUGUGGCAUUUGCAUUGGCCAGCUUGAAAGGAGUAAAUAUUCCAAUGUAUAUUGCCAUCAAAAGGCUUACACCACUUGCUGUAUUAGUAGCUGGAUUCUUUUCAGGGAAGGGAAGACCUACAUCUCAGGUAACUCUUUCUGUAGUGACUAUUGCUGCUGGAGUUCUUGUGGCAGCAGUGGGAGACUUUUCUUUUGAUCUUUUUGGAUAUUGCAUGGGCUUUAUAUCUGUUUUCUUUCAGACCAUGUACCUUGUUUUAGUGGAGAGGUCAGGAGCAGAGGAUGGGCUUUCAUCAAUAGAGAUUAUGUUCUAUAACAGCAUUUUGUCUUUACCAUUUCUACUAUUCCUGAUCAUAGCCACUGGAGAGUUUCCAAAUUCGUUGUCCAUAUUAUUUGCAAAGACUACAUCAGUAUCAUUCUUUGUGAUUCUUCUACUUUCACUUGUGAUGGGCAUAGUCUUGAACUACACAAUGUUUUUAUGUACCAUAGUCAACUCUGCCUUAACUACCACAAUCGUUGGAGUGCUCAAGGGGGUUGGAUCCACGACGCUAGGCUUUGUAUUGUUAGGAGGAGUUCAAGUGCAUGCCUUAAACGUCACUGGAUUGGUGAUCAACACAGCCGGUGGCGUGUGGUAUUCAUGUGCAAAGUAUCAACAAAAGAACAGGCUGCCCAAGUUAAUGUCCGACGUGGAAGUGCAUCGUAAAUAAUACCUAGGCACUGAAUUUGUUGAUUCCAAAAAAGGUUUUAACCUGCAACUAUUUCUUCUUCUUCUGGUCACAUUUAAACUAGCUUCAUUUUGUGUUGGUUCGAUUUAACAUAGUAAAGUAAGAGAAUGUAUGUCUUCGUAUUGGAUAAAAAAUUGAUGCACAAUGUGUUGUUUCCCACUAAGAAUCUACAAUGCUUAAUUUAAUAUAGGUUUGGGAUUGAUGCU